UAAUCUUCCGGCGCCUACAACAUUACCAUUACUCUACAGUCAGUCUUCAAAACUAUCACACCAUUUCUCUCUCUCUCUCUCUCUCUCUCCCCCCCACCAACUACACAAACGUGAUACAAACAAAUCCAUCAAAAUUGUGUACAGAGAGAAUAAAAAAUAUGGGGGGCGAGAGCUGGAGCUUGACGGCGAAGCUGUGCGACUCCUGCAAGACGGCCCCCGCCACCGUCUUCUGCCGCGCCGACUCCGCCUUCCUCUGCCUGCCCUGCGACUCUAAAGUCCACGCCGCCAACAAGCUCGCAUCCCGCCACGCCCGCGUCUGGGUUUGCGAGGUCUGCGAGCAGGCCCCCGCCGCCGUAACCUGCAAGGCCGACGCCGCCGCCCUCUGCCCCACUUGCGACCGCGACAUUCACUCCGCGAAUCCGCUCGCCCGCCGCCACGAACGCCUCCCUAUCGUCCCUUUCUACGACUCCGCUUCCGCCACUAAGUCCUCCUCCUCCGCUGCGGCAGCGGAGGAAGUCUCGGAGGAGGAAGCCGAGGCUGCAUCGUGGCUCCUCCCCGACCCGAACAAUAAGUUGGAUGAGGACGCCGGGUCACCCGAAUACAAAUCUGCUGAGUAUUUGUUCAGCGACAUGGAUCCGUAUCUGGACCUUGAUCUGAUAUCCGGAGAGCAGAAGCCAAAUAGUCAUGAGAAGAAAGAGUACUCUUCCGACAGAGUAGUUCCGGUUCAGAACAAGAACGAGUACGGGUCGGGUCAGUACCCAGGUCCGGUCGUCGACGGGUUUCCCACUUAUGAUGUGGACUAUCCGGGAUCCAAGCCUUUCAUGUAUAACUUCACCUCACAGUCCAUUAGCCAAAGUGUAUCUUGUUCAUCUUUGGAUGUUGGAGUCGUCCCGGACCACAAUGCCAUGGCCGAUGUAUCCGACACCUUUGUAAAGACCGAAGCUAUCCCCACCCCCGUCUCCGGGGUCGACAGAGAAGCGAGGGUGUUGAGGUACAGAGAGAAAAGGAAGAACAGAAAGUUUGAGAAAACAAUACGGUACGCCUCAAGAAAGGCCUAUGCAGAAACGAGGCCGAGAAUCAAAGGGAGGUUUGCUAAGCGGUCGGAGCUUGAAGUUGAUUCCCUAAUAUCUGGUGAUGCGUCGUACGGUGUUGUCCCGACUUUUUGAUCAACUGUAUUAACUAGAUUUUGUGAGCCUGGGCGACGGCCUGUGGCCUUCUUGUUGUCAACAAGAUCAUCUAAUCAGUGUAUGUUGUCUCUACGUGUGUCUUCGUGUAUAUAUGUACCGUUUUAGGGUAUUAUGAGUAUGGUUUUUUGAUCGAUGCAUCGUUUUUAUAUCAUCGAUUCUGUAGCGUUAACGUCCCGUUCUCGAUGUUCAAUAUGAUGGAGAGUUUUGAUGUUGUAAGAAGGGAUGAGCUUUGUUGAUUCAGCUGUGUCCGAAGAAGGUUCAGUAUAUGUUGAGCUGCUGCAAUAUAUAGCUGGAUAGUUAUUAUAGAGAA